AUGACGAGGCGCAAGAUUGUGAUUAGGAGGAUUGAGAACAUGGGUAAGAGGCAGGCCACCUUCUGCAAGCGGCGUAGUGGCCUGCUAAAGAAAGCACAAGAGCUGGCCAUCCUCUGUGAUGUCCAGGUCGCCGUUAUCGUCUUCUCCUCCACCGGACGCCUCUACGAGUAUGCCAGCUCCACCACCACCACCACCACUUCCAUGGCCAUGGCUUCCAUUCUUCAAAAGUAUCGAUCUGCACAGGAGCAGCAACAGCUGCUGAAUCCAGUGUCACAACUCAUGUUUUGGGAAGGUGAAGCACAGAAAUUACAGGAAGAAAUGCAGAUGCUUCAAGAGCAUCAUCGGAAGCUUAUGGGGGAGAGACUAUCAAACUUAAGAGUCAAAGACUUGUGUUUGUUGGAACAUCAGUUGGAGAAGAUCUUACACCGUAUUAAAGAGAAUAAGGAACAACGUUUUGCCAGUCUAAUUCUACAACUCAAUCAAAAGGGAUGCAUCUUCCAUCAAGAGAGUAUUAAACUCACCGAGGAAAUAAAGCUUACCCAUGAGCACAACAUGGAACUAAAGAACAAGAUUAAUGGUGAUGCUGGAUACUGGUUUCAGCUUUCUGUGUUGAAUGGCUCUACUAAGGGUGCAGCAUGCUAUCCUCCAAGGCAGAGGAUGACAAGUACUAUGGAGCUUUAA